AUGGAUAAAACAACCUCCUCUGAUCACACACUGCGCGCCGGAUCAAUCUCGCCUACAUCGACAAUUUCACUUCCUGGCCUUGAUCUCAGUGUUAUCCCGCCAAUUGCGAUACUAAGCGCGCAUCUGAAGGACGAAGAAGACAUAAUCCUCAAGGAGACGUUGCGACAAUACGAUGCACCCCUUACCACUGAUAUCUCGAGGGCAAAGAUCUUCAUCGGUAAGGUAGGAACGAAAAGAAGGGCUGAGUUUGAAUUGAAGUCUCGAAAACUGGUGGUAGAAGAAGCUGCUUCAGCCAAAAGGCCUGCCAGCCCCUUGAAGGCGAAUCUUCCCUCGAGUAAGAAGCAAAAGCUUUCGGUACAAAAAGGGAAACCGGCUUUGUCUGAGAAUGGCGAUUCAACAACCGAAGAGGAAGACGUGGACGCCACCGAAACUGAAGAUGAAGGGCCGCGUGAUAAGCACACUCCUGCAUCCUCGCCACCUCUAGCGCACUCAGACCAUCAUGAAGUGACAACUUUUGAAAAUACCUCGCUCGAAGACAUCGUCUGGGUGAUCAAGAUCGACUGGCUAGAAGCCUGUGUAGCUGCUGGACAUCUGGCUCCCUUGGGUGAUAGUCUGGUGUACAAGUGCAAAGUUCUGGACCGACCAAAAUCACGUAAUACCAAAUCUGUCAAGGCAGUUUUCACUGCAGCAGCAAAGGCGGCACCUGUCUCCAAGACACUGCUUGCCACACGACCAAAGGCGGGGCACGACAUAUUAGACAGGGCCAAGACAGAUGUUGCGGCCACCACAACGAAAGCUACAUAUCAGAGACAGCAAUUUGGCAGCCGUGCGUCUCGUCGAUUUGAGGGCAGAAGUUUUGCCCCCACUGCGCAAUCGAAAGGUGAAAUAUUUGCCGCGCAAACCGCUCACCUGCUACAAAAAACCACAAGUGAGUAUGAGGGUAUAGACAGCGAAUUUCCUCAGCCCCCGGAUUGGGUGAAGAACCACGUGAAGUAUGCUUGCCAGCGCUUCACGCCUGCGAAUGGCCCCAAUGAAGAUUUUCUGGAACAUCUCAAAAAAGUCCGAACAGCCAGAACGCUGAUUGACGAUGAAAUCGGUGUACGCGCCUAUUCGACCAUUAUCGCCUCUAUUGCAGCUUAUCCGCACAAAUUGAGUCACCCUCGAGAGCUUGCUCAGCUUCCGGGUUGUGACGAGAAGACUGCUGUGCUAUUCGUCGAAUGGAAGAACACUGGCAGAAUACAGGCUGUCGAGGACUUUGAGAAUGACGAGGCGAUGAAGGUCUUGCGGUCUUUCUACGACAUUUGGGGUGUUGGCGCAAAGACUGCGCGACAUUUCUACUACAACAAUCAUUGGACAGAAUUAGACGACGUUAUCGAAUUCGGCUGGAACGAACUCGACAGAGUACAACAGAUCGGAGUCAAGUACUACGACGAGUUUCUGGUACCCAUACCGCGCCCUGAGGUCGAACAGAUAGCGUCUGUUGUUCGAGAACACGCGGUCCAACUUCGGGAUGAUCGCAUCUCCGUCACGAUAGUGGGCGGCUACCGUCGUGGCAAGGCUGCUUCUGGCGACGUGGACAUGAUCGUGUCGCAUCCAGAUCUUGAGUCUACUGCUGGUCUUGUCAGAGAUAUUGUUGAGUCACUGGAGGAAGCACAGUGGAUCACACAUACUCUAACAAUGAGUUUGACCAAUACCAAUAGAGGCCAGCAUACGCUUCCAUUCCGCUCAGCAAAAGGUGCAGGUGUCGGAUUCGACACUCUAGACAAAGCGCUCGUCGUGUGGCAGAACCCAGCAUGGCAAAAUCGCGAGCAAGAUCUCAGUGAGAACCCAAGUGCAAAGAAUCCCAACAUACAUCGACGCGUAGACAUCAUCAUAGCACCCUGGCGUACCGUGGGUUGCGCAGUCAUGGGCUGGAGUGGUGGAACGACGUUUCAGAGAGAUCUGCGACGAUAUGCGAAGGCAAUCAAAGGAUGGAAAUUCGACAGCAGUGGUAUCAGAAGCCGAACUUCCGGCGAAGCGAUCUGGCUCGAGGGCCCGACUGGUGUGGAUGGCACACCAGAAGAUGCUGAGAAGGCUGUCUUCAAGGGCCUAGGACUAGAAUACAUUCCGCCAGAGUACCGCGUCACAUACUGA